UUGCUAGGUAUGCAGAUGCGAGCUGAAGCCGCCGAGGUUGGCGACCACCUUCUCGCUUCAUCAUGGGCCAUAUACAACGAAUUGGCUACAACACGGCCCGACAUCAUCCGCCUCCUGGCAACCCCGAACUGGUACUUUGACCCGUACGUAUCUAGAAUCUUUUUUUGCCGGCCCGGCGUGCCAAAGCUAGCUGCAAGCCUAGACUGCACGCCCCAGCAGAUCGAAGCACUGGACGCCAUCGAGGCCCUGUCGCGCAAACACUCGCUGAAACUCGACGUGCGGCCCGGAGACAUGGCAUUCGUCAACAACUGGUCGAUGCUACACUCGCGCACCACCUUUCGCGACGACGAAGAGCAUGUGCGGUACCUUGUGCGCAUCUGGCUUAAGAACGACAACCCGGUCUUUAAGUGGCCAAUGCCAGCCGUCUUCCGCAUGGGUCACCUGAAGAUAUUUGACGAGGACGACCACACACUCAAGUGGAACGUCACUCCACAACCACGUCUCGCAUUCAAGAUCUACCAGACGCUGUCUCAGGCGUGA